AUGCUGAUGCCCCUGAGUGGGCUGCUCUGGUGGUGGUGGUGCUGCUGCUGCUGUGCCUGGUACCCCUGUGGAUUGUGCACCCCGGCUCCCCAGAUGUUGCGCCACCAGGGUCUCCUCAAGUGCCGCUGCCGCAUGCUCUUCAAUGACCUGAAGGUUUUCCUACUGCGGCGCCCCCCUCCAGCGCCCCUGCCCAUGCACGGGGACCCCCAGCCCCCCGGUUUGGCGGCCAACAAUAACACCCUUCCGGCUCUGGGUGCCGGGGGGUGGGCAGGCUGGAGGGGCCCUCAAGAAGGGCUGGGCAGGGAGACCCCUCCUCUGCCACCUCCACCACCUUUGCCACCUUCUGUGGAAGAUGACUGGGGUGGCCCAGCCACAGAGCCACCUGCCUCGCUGCUCAGCAGUGCCUCCUCAGAUGACUUCUGUAACGGGAAGGCUGAGGAUCGCUACUCACUGGGCAGCAGCCUGGACAGUGGCAUGAGGACCCCGCUCUGCCGCAUCUGUUUCCAGGGGCCAGAACAGGGGGAGCUGCUGAGCCCGUGCCGCUGUGAUGGCUCCGUCAAGUGCACGCACCAGCCUUGCCUCAUCAAGUGGAUCAGCGAGCGGGGCUGCUGGAGCUGUGAGCUGUGCUACUACAAGUACCACGUCAUUGCCAUAAGCACAAAGAAUCCUCUGCAGUGGCAGGCCAUCUCUCUGACAGUCAUUGAGAAGGUUCAGAUUGCAGCCGCCAUCUUGGGUUCCCUCUUCCUCAUCGCCAGCAUCUCUUGGCUCAUCUGGUCGACCUUCAGUCCCUCGGCAAAAUGGCAGCGCCAAGACCUCCUCUUCCAGAUCUGCUACGGGAUGUAUGGAUUCAUGGACGUGGUGUGCAUAGGUCUCAUCAUCCACGAGGGACCCUCCGUGUACCGCAUCUUUAAACGGUGGCAGGCUGUCAACCAGCAGUGGAAAGUGCUGAACUAUGACAAGUCGAAAGACCUGGAGGAUCAAAAGUCAGGAGGCAGGACAAACCCCCGGACCUCCUCAUCCACCCAGGCCAAUGCCCCUGCCUCAGAAGAGGAGGCCGCAGGCACCCCUGCCCCUGAGGAAGGCCCUGCCCGGGCAGCCAGCCACCCCUCAGGCCCUCUGUCCGAUCACCACUGUGCUUACACCAUCCUGCACAUCUUGAGUCACUUAAGACCUCAUGAACAGCGGAGCCCCCAGGGCGGCAGCCGAGAGCUCGUCAUGAGGGUCACGACAGUGUGA